CUCACACUUUCUAUAACUUCCAUAUAUCCCUCUCUCUUUCCCUGCUCUCUCUUUCUCCUAAAAAAACCCUUAAACUUUUUCUUCUUUAUCUUCUUCUUUACAUCACUGAAAACUGAUCAAGAUCAAAGAACAUAUAUACAAACAAUGGAUCCAUGUCCGUUUGUUAGAGUGAUAGUAGAAUCCUUAUCACUAUCACUGCCAGUAGCUGCAAAACAUGCCGGAACAGGUAUCCAUCCAACCACAACACCAUGUUUCUGUAAAAUCACACUGAAAAACAUCUCAAAUACCCAAACUUCCCUUCUUCCAUUAUCAUCAACACCAAGCUCUAAUGAUUCACCACCAGAUUCUACAACUUCAAUUCCUGGGUUUCAUUUAGAUUCCUCAGUACUUCGGAGAUUUUCAGGAAAACCUACAACUUUACAAGUUUCAGUGUAUACGGGUCGGAUGGGUCAGAGUUGUGGAAUGAAUUCUGGUAAAUUGCUUGGCCGGGUACGGGUUAAUAUUGAUCUGAAUAAAACUGAGUUUCGUCCUUGUACGUAUCAGAAUGGUUGGAUGAAAUUGGGGAAGGAACCACAAAAACCAUCUGCUCGUAUCCAUUUGGUUGUUCGGGCUGAACCUGAUCCGAGAUUCGUUUUUCAGUUUGGUGGUGAACCCGAAUGUAGUCCAGUUGUGUUUCAGAUUCAAGGAAAUAUUCGACAGCCUGUUUUUAGUUGCAAAUUCAGUGCCGACCGUAAUUCCCGGUUCCGGUCAUUGCAAGUAGACCCAUCAACUAGAGGAUAUAUGAGUUCAUAUGCAAGUGAAAAAGAAAGACCGGUCAGGGAACGAAAAGGAUGGAUGAUAAUGAUAUACGAUCUUUCCGGUUCCCCUGUAGCUGCUGCAUCAAUGAUCACUCCAUUUGUACCUUCACAAGGAUCAGACCGUGUCUCGCGUUCCAACCCUGGUGCAUGGUUAAUUCUUCGGCCGAACGGGUUCUGCGUCAGUAGUUGGAAACCAUGGGGAAGACUCGAAGCAUGGAGAGAAAGAGGUCCUGUUGAUGGUUUGGGUUACAAAUUUGAACUUGUUUCCGACGCUGCUCCUAAUAGUAGAGUACCCAUUGCAGAAUCUACGAUGAGUGUUAAGAAAGGUGGACAAUUUGUUAUCGAUACUAGUAUUAUCGGUGAUUCGUCUUCGAAAUCUGUCCCGUUUAUUCGAGGUUUUGUUAUGGGUGCAACGGUGGAAGGUGAAGGUAAAAUCAGUAAACCAUUGGUGCAAGUUGGUGUGCAACAUGUUACGUGUAUGGCCGAUGCUGCACUCUUUGUUGCACUUUCUGCUGCUGUUGAUCUUAGUAUGGAUGCUUGUCGACUAUUCACUCAUAAACUAAGAAAAGAAUUCUCCCUGGAUCAACAGGAUUACCUCUCGUGAUCAUGGAGAAAAAAACAUCUCCUUUUAAUCAUCAAAUGCUGUGAUAAUCAAAUGGGUUUUCUACUCUAUCUCGAGUAAAAGAAUCGUUGGGUUUGAGUAUUAACAUUCUUUUUUCUGUUCUUCUUCUA